GCGGAGGGACUAAAACCCGACAAAUAUACCUAUAACGCUGUCAUUGGAUCGUGUGCAAAAGGGGGACUAUAUGAGCAAGCCGUUCGUCUCAUUCGCGACAUGCAAAAUGAAGGAAUAGAACCAGACGAAGUCACAUACAAUGCAGUCAUAGGAUCGUUUGCCAAAGUAUUCAUUGUGCGGGAAACACUACCUCAUGUUGAGUGUCGGGCAGGGAAGGGUUUGCAACCUGACGUUCUCACCUACAAUGCAUUGAUAACAGCAUUGGCCAACGGAGGGGAAACAGACCGAGCUCUACAGGCAAGUACUCACGUCUUCACAACAUUCUGA